UUGGCUGACUGACUGUCAUCCGCGAAUAAAAGAUUUACGUCUUUAGUAUGAUCAGUGCAAUUUUCAACUUUAUUGAUAUCAGUUUCGUUAAAAAGUAUUUGAUUGAAACAUUUUUUAAAUAUGUUCGAGCCAACGGAAGUAGGCAAGGAUCUCUGCAUACAUACGGGAGUUGUUUUAAGAGGUGCAAACAUCAGGGAGGAUGAAGUACACAGCCUGGGCACUUUAAACAUUGUGGAAUAUAGCUUUGGGAGAUGUAUCGAAUGGAAGCCCAUUGAAGUGUCGUUCGUCUCAGAGCAUCAAGAUCAAGAUCCAGAAUGGUCUGUGGUAGAGUCUCACACACGUCGAACACGUACGUCCUCUUGUGAGGGGUCAGAUUGUCUAGGAGGCCGCCCUAAAAUAGUCCGCAUAGCAUUUACGGAAUUGAAAUCAUUUCGCAUUAAUCACGGAGGUCAACAAUUAAUAUUUAUGCAAAGAGACGGAACGACAUAUGUAGCAUUCUUUCAACUGUCAAAUGCUGAAAGUUUCGUCAAUUCCUUGAGAGGUUUUAUAAAGUUUGUCAAGUCAAAAUCAGACAAGAAUCUUUACCUCGUAUUAGACGAGUAUAGCACAGUGCUGAAUAAAUCAUUUGCAGAAUUGGAUCUUUUUCAAGAAAAUACGUCUGAUUACGUAUGGAAAUUUGUGAAAAAUUUGCACAAUCGUCCUUAUGAAACAACACUAGAGGCAUUCAGUAAAUUAGCUGAUAUAUGGAUUUACAAAGAACCUGUCAAGCAACCAGUAGAAGAAGCUGUUGCCGAUCUUCUCAACAGAUCUUUAACGAGUGAACUGAGAAAUGAGCAUCCAUUGAGUUCAACAGAAUUUUCAGGCUCAAAUGGAGAAGAGUAUGAAGUUAUAAGUGAAUUGGAUCAAAAAUUCAUACUUCCACCUAGGCCUACUUGUCCCCGUGGAGCCCCUCUCUCUCAAGAGCAAUGGGAUAGAUGUAAGGAUGCAGAGGGAAAAAUUACCAAUCCCGGAACAAUCAAGGAGAUUAUUUUUCGGGGAGGUAUAAUUCCUUCCUUGAGAUACGAAGUCUGGAAAUUUCUUCUCAAUUAUUAUCCAUGGAAUUCAACUUUAAGUGAAAGAAGUGAGCUUCGAAAAGUUAAAACUGAUGAAUAUUACAGAAUGAAGUUGCAGUGGAAAUCCAUGUCGGUGGAUCAGGAGAAUAAAUUUUCUGAUUACAGGGAUAGAAAGAGUUUGAUUGAAAAAGAUGUUAAUAGAACUGAUAGAACUCAUCCUUACUAUUCUGGAGAUAACAAUCCCCAUUUGGGACAGCUCUAUGACAUUCUCAUGACUUAUAUAAUGUAUAAUUUUGAUCUUGGAUAUGUUCAAGGAAUGAGUGAUCUUCUCAGCCCUAUUUUGUGCUUGAUGGAUAAUGAAGUUGAUGCAUUCUGGAGUUUCGUUGGAUUCAUGGAGAAAGUGAGUUCUAAUUUUGAAAUGGAUCAGGCUGGUAUGAAGGCACAAUUAUGCCAGUUACAUACUUUACUCAAUGUAACUGAACCCCAGCUGGCACAGUAUUUGAGUAAACAUGAAUCGGGAAAUAUGUUUUUCUGUUUCCGAUGGCUCUUGGUAUUGUUCAAGAGAGAAUUCAAUGCUAUUGACAUUAUCAAAUUGUGGGAGGUUCUGUGGACCGAUUUACCGUGUAAAAAUUUUCACUUGCUCCUGUGUGCUGCCAUUCUUGAUACUGAGAAGAGUGCAUUGAUGGAAAAUCGUUAUGGAUUCACUGAAAUAUUGAAACAUAUAAACGAUCUCUCACUUCACAUCGAACUCCCAUGGGCUUUAUCCAAGGCUGAAGGAAUUUAUCAUCAAUUAAUGGCAGUCGAAGCCACUUUACCAGAUAACGUUCGUACUAUUAUUGGUCUCACACCAAUCCAUACUUCACCAUUAAACACCUAUUCAGAGGAGGAAGAGGAGCUACAAAAUGAUACAUCUUCAUCUCGAAAUCAUUCAAGACGACCAAGUAAUGACAGUGGUAAUAUCAAACUUGGUAACAACGAGGUGUCAUUUGAGCGUUCGUUGAAUGUGUCUUACUUGUAGAAUUUAUUCUUUUUUCUUUUUUUUUUCUUUUUUAAUCCAACCCACGCAACGUGGUUAGUAUAUGAAGUAGUAGUAAUGUUCAACGUUGAAUAACAAAUUCCAAUAAAAGUCUCUUUUUCUUUCCCACUCUUA